AAACUGUCCCGCAGCGACGGGAUUAUUGGAACUCUGUUUUUGAUGCUGCGAAACGGCCACGAACCUAAAAGUUCAUGGCGAAAUCAUCCGCUACAAGCAUGACAUGACACUGCUCGGCAACCGACCUCAAUAGUCAUCGGGCAACUACUUUUUUACCCCCACCAUACUCGAUGCCAACAUCUCCUGCGGGAAUCAACAAAAAGCAAAGGAUUCGAAAUCCGUGCGUACACCUGACGCAACGAGGCUCGGGAUCGGGCCACGAAAUUCGGUAGUGGAAAGUCCGGGCCCUGGGGAAACAGAAGGACGUGACAAACACCGAGUCCAAAAGAUCCAAGAAAAGCAAGCUCUCAUCCGACCGAUCGACCACGACCAACACUGUAGCCAACCCUGUACCUCAACUCAAUCGCCGGGGUGACCGCCCUUCCCUACCCCCCCGAGCGGCUGCCACGUCGACACUACUCGGCAUCUUCGCAACACCCUACUCGCAUUCACAUCUUGUGACUGUCGAGAUAUUUGGUCGGACUCCCGAAAUUAUUGACCAACCAGGCCGGGAUACAGGCCCAAACCAGCCUUGUGGUGGUCCGAGUUACCUGCCUCCUCCAUCCCCGAACCUAAGCCUUCCUUUACGACAGAAUAUCGCAUAAAACGACGGGCCCCGCGCUCCGUCGUCGCCCGCCUUCAGCAUGUCAAGCGCAAAAGCAACAGGGGCGAACACGUCCAACAGCAGCAGCUCAGGAGCCCGCUCUCGCGAUCAUAACCAGGGCAACCAAGGACGCAGCUUUACCCCGGAACAAAAAGAAGCAGUACUCCGCAUCCGUCGCUGCAAGCCGACGGCAUUCUACGACAUCCUGGCGCUCACAACAAAGACGUGCACGGACGCCGAGAUCAAGCGGGCGUACCGGAAGCAGUCCCUCCUAACGCAUCCGGACAAGAACGGAUACGAGGGCGCCGACGAGGCGUUCAAGAUGGUCUCCCGGGCCUUUAGUGUGCUGGGGGACAAGGAGAAGCGGGAAAAGUUUGACCGCUUCGGGACUGAUCCGGACUCGAGGUUCGAGAGCGCUAGGGCGCAGAACCCGUUUUCUGGGUUUGCGCAGAGGAACGCCGGUGGUGGCGGAGGGGGUGGUGGUGGCGGCGGCGGCUUCCCGGGCUUUGCGGGAGGGUUCGAGGAAGAAAUAAGCCCGGAAGAAAUGUUCAGGCGCUUCUUUGGCGGCGGUGGCUUUGGCCAAUUUGGAGGCUUCGACACGGGCCCGCAAUUUGUUUUCAACAUGGGCGGUGGUCCAGGAAUCCGUGUGCACCAAUUUGGCGGAAACCGACCUAGGAGACGACCGCGGGCCGAAGGGGAACCGGACCCCGAUGCCGGGAUCUUGUCAACACUUCUCGGCCUACUCCCAAUACUUUUCCUCUUCAUCAUCCCGCUCAUCUCCUCCAUCAUGUCGGGUGGCUCGAGCUCCAUGCCAGAUGUAGUCUUUGAUGAGCCGCAAGCGCCGUUUACGCACAAGGUUAAGAUCCCUGAGCACAACGUGCACUACUUCGUGCGGCCGACCGAUUGGCAACAGUUCAAAGGAAAUAAUCACAAAAUCGCCCAGCUCAACAAGCACGCGCACGUGACGCUCGUCAACACCCUGACACAUCGUUGCAACGUGGAGAGACAUAGGGAGCAACAGCUAAGGGAGCAGGCGCAAGGAUGGUUCUUCCAGGACCCGGAGAAGAUGAAGAUCGCGGAUCAGUUCAAAAAACCGGCAUGUGAGAGGCUGAGCAAGCUGGCGACGCGGUUUUAAUAGGGUGUGGCGGGCCGCUAUCUCUCUGCUUUACGGUAUUAGUUGGCACUAGGAUAUGGGGUGCAUGUGUUUGUUACGGAUAUCAUUACUGAUAGAGUUGAUGAGAGCUACGUAGGUAAUCGCGGAUAUAGGCAGCGGGUUCAUCUUCUUUGCGCCUGAUUCUUGCUUUUCGUCUUGAGUAUGGGAAGAAGCUCUACAUCUUCUUCUCAGUUGCGUUGCCUCUUGAAAAUCUUCCUUUUCGUUUAUCGGCGGAGGUUUGCUUCCUCUUUUUUUUCGUCCCCUGAAAUUUGUGUAUGCAUACCGUAUAUACAUGUUCUCGUACUGCAACUGCAUGUGACUUGGCAACAUUAAUAGAAAUCCUUCCUUCAAGUGGC